CUGCGUACCGAGCGGGCGCGGCGCGAAUCGCAGGAGGAGUUGCUCCGCUCGAGGUGUGGGCGCUCGUGCAGCACAGGCAAUAACAGCAGACGACCUCGUCAUCGUCUUCUAUUCUGUCGUCCUCGGUUCGUUGUUUCCGUCUACGUUACCUCUCGUAAUCGCGUUCGCUCGUUUGGCAUACGUUCGCGUAUAGGUUGCGUGUGUGCGCGCACACGGUGCAUAUUCAGUGUGAAUCUAUCUCGUCGCGUGUGCGGUACAGAAAGAGUACCCUAAAGAGAGAGAAAGAAAGAAAGAGAGAGAGAGAGUGAGAGAGAGAAAGGAAGAAAAAGAAAGAGAGAGAGGGAGUGAGAGAGUGUGUGAAUCGAAGAAAGAGAGAGCGAUAGGGUAGGAGAACGAAACGAAACAGAGAGGGGGUGAGAGAGAGAAAGAGUGUGAGAAGGAGAUAGAGCGCCGGUGGGUUACCACACCCAACCGCGCCGGGGACCGAGUGAACGAGUGAACGAGCCGUACGAGAGCUCUCUCGCGAGUAGUACGCGGGUACAGCGGGGGACCCAGGGACCGACGGUCGAGAUUCGACGGAGUACAGUCGGGACUCUCUAGAUCUCGAUCCAACGGACCUCGCUCUCGCGAAAAUCCUCUCUCGCUCUCGUCUCACCAGAAUUGUCGAAAUCGCGCCGCGAGCAAAGUGCGCGCGUGUGUCUCCCCCGCUUCCUCGACGUCUCUCGCGAAUGCGUUUCACGUUUCGUCGCAGCAGAACGUGCGUGCGUGAACAAAGAAUAAGGAGAGAAAAGACCGAGAAGGAGGGGCACAUCAAGCAAAGGAAAAGAGAAUAGGAAGAGGUAGAUGGGUCUCGAUUCUAGAGAGAAUCGAGGAAGAGAAGGUUGAAAAAAGGAAAAGAGGCAGAUAGAGAGAAGCUACCGGCCGAGGUUCGUGCGUGUGCGUACAUGUGUUGAUGUGUCGCUGGCGUCGUCGAGCCCUAGCAGGAGUGCUCCGUCGCCGCGUGUGCCGACGUCGUUGAGAAUACGGGGAUUCCGGAGACGCGUUCGUCGGAUCUACGUUUACGUCUAGCCGCUGCCUAUCUUCGUGCACGUUGUCGUCGUUGUCACCGACGUCGUCGCCGUCGUCGUCGUCGCCGUGGACAAGUGGUGGUGAAUCGUGCUAGUGGCGGUAGUAGUGGUGGUGCGGACGAUCGGGAAAGGUUUGAUCGGCUUGGCCAGGACGAGAGGGAAGGAAGAAGAGAAGGAAACCACGAGGACGGCGACGAGACGUCGUCGCUCGUUCGCGGUGGCAAGGUAAUAUCGGCCCGACGACGAUACCGUGCCGUCGAGCCCGCUGCUGUCUACGACGAACCUCGCCGCCGCUCGGCAAUCGCUCGCCACCACCGCAAAUCGCUCGUUCCCUCUCUCCCUUCCUCCCUCCCUCUCCUCCCUCCUCCUCCUUUUCCUCCUCCUCCUCGUCCUCUUCCUCCUCAUUUUUCUCCUCUCUUCCUCCUCCAUCCGUCGAGGAUCCUGCCGUCCUGAGCUAUGGCGUGCUGCCUGUCGGAAGAGGCGAGGGAGCAGAAACGAAUUAAUCAGGAGAUCGAGCGGCAACUCCGAAAGGAUAAACGAGAUGCCAGGCGGGAACUUAAGCUGCUACUUUUGGGUACUGGUGAAUCCGGCAAAUCCACCUUCAUUAAACAGAUGAGAAUUAUCCACGGGUCUGGUUACUCGGACGAUGACAAGAGGGGGUUCAUUAAACUCGUGUACCAAAACAUUUUCAUGGCCAUGCAGUCCAUGAUCCGGGCGAUGGACCUCCUCAAGAUCCAGUACGCCUCAUCUGCGAAUAUAGAAAAAGCAGAGCUCGUGCGAAGCGUGGACUUCGAGACAGUUACAACCUUUGAAAGUCCAUACGUAGAAGCAAUCAAAGAUUUAUGGGCGGAUAGUGGUAUCCAAGAGUGUUACGACCGCAGGCGAGAAUACCAGCUCACAGACUCCGCUAAGUAUUACCUAUUGGAGAUAGAUCGAGUCGCAGCAAGGGGCUACCUCCCAACAGAACAGGACAUUCUUCGUGUGAGAGUGCCUACUACUGGUAUAAUUGAAUAUCCUUUUGACUUGGAAGAAAUUCGAUUUAGUUAUCUUAGUGACCUAGAACGUAUCGAAAAGCCUGACUUCCUUCCUACCGAACAAGACAUUCUUCGGGCUCGAGCUCCUACUACUGGCAUUAUAGAAUAUCCGUUUGAUCUGGACUCCAUCAUAUUUAGGAUGGUAGACGUUGGUGGACAGAGAUCAGAAAGAAGGAAGUGGAUCCACUGUUUCGAGAAUGUCACUUCUAUCAUCUUUUUAGUAGCUUUAAGUGAAUAUGAUCAAAUUUUGUUUGAAUCGGAAAAUGAGAAUCGAAUGGAAGAAAGUAAGGCUUUGUUCAAAACAAUUAUUACAUAUCCUUGGUUCCAACAAUCUUCUGUUAUUCUGUUCCUAAACAAGAAAGAUCUGCUCGAGGAGAAGAUUAUGUACUCUCAUCUUGUUGACUAUUUUCCUGAAUAUAAUGGCCCACAAAGAGAUGCCAUACCUGCUAGAGAAUUCAUUUUACAGAUGUUUGUCGAAUUGAAUCCAGAUAUUGAGAAGAUUAUAUACUCACAUUUUACGUGUGCCACAGAUACAGAAAACAUCAGAUUUGUAUUUGCAGCAGUGAAAGACACCAUUCUGCAGUUAAACUUAAAAGAAUAUAAUUUGGUUUAGAUGGCAAUAUACAAAAUUCAGGAUGGACUCAAGAAUUUUUCUUAUACCCUGACCAAGGUAUCAGUGUGAACUCUGUUAAGUUAGAAAUGGGAAAGACGAAAAAGGCAGAAAAUGAACAGUAAUUUGUGGUGCCAUCAGCGUACUGUCGCUGCUCCAUUACAAGUGUACCAACUAUUGAUUAGUAAAAUUUAUAACGGAGGUAACAGCGAUGAACAAAUAUGGACCUAAAUCUGAGCGUUAUACGUUCUUUCCUAACCUUCUCACUGUCAAUACCAACAAAUUGAUUUAGUUUCGUACUCUAUUUGUUGAAUUUAUUACCUUUUUAUAGAUUAGUUUAGUCAAUCAUGCCUGGCUGACUGCGUAAUCGUCUAAUUUUUAUAUAAUAAUACCACGAGCAACACAUCAAUAAACGUAUAAGAUAGAGUGCAGCCAUGCCAUAAAAUGUCUGUCCAAGUGUUCAUCUCAAAUCAAGAGAUCUCAGCAAGAAACUGAAGAGAAGAAGGACAAAUGCUUUUUAAUCACAAGUAGUCGGUGACACAAGUGAGAGCAAUUUUAGUGCCAUUUACUAGUGUGGUGUUUUUAUUGCAGUCCUUCCUUAGAUGCAAAAAGCCAAAGUGUUUUUUUAUCUGUGCCAGAAGCAAGUCAAAGUUCUUUCUGCAUGUGACUCGAAUUCAUAAUUCAUCGUAUAAAUAUUGUUAUAUAUAAUAUAUAAAAUGAAACAUAGGUUAGCAUUGAAGAAAGCAACAUGAAACCAUCAAGAAGGAAACUUUACCACCCUUCAAUAUUAAGAAAUUAUUAGAAAACAUCUGUUUGAUGUGAUUUUAGGUAAUUUAGGAGGUGAAAGGUUGCAGAUUCUUCUGCUGUCUUUUUUCUCCGUAGGCUGUGUAAAAAAUGUGAGGGCUGCGAUCUCAUACCAUACAGUUAUAAGUCUGCAAUUUACGAACGACGUAAAAGUCUUAAUUACGACACUGGUUUUCCUUUCAUCCAGCCCUCGCCUAUUGACACAGCAUCGCGCAACUAGGGACAUGGUUUAAGAACGUAUGGCCCUAGUUCGCAUUGUAUCCAGAUUACGGUGUAUGUAUGUAUGAACUGCUCACUGCCUGCGCUCGCUCAUGCUGGCUAGCGCGCUGCCCACUGCUUGUAUUCUCUAAUGGUUCAAUUGACUGCUGUUUGUGCCACCUUUUGAUGUUCUACCGAAAGAAUAUUUGUAUAAAGGUGAUAGAAACUGCUUUGCACAAACCUAGAGAGUACUUGCACAAUAAACUUUAUGGUGUUGGUCAAAUCAGUGAAUUAGGGUAUGACGCUUUGACACGUAUAUCCUGAAUGUCUAAUCCUGAUACUGCUAACACUCCACGCACACUGGGCAGCGUAUGUCAUACCCACUUUGGUUGAAACACUGAAUUUAUAUGAAAGAAAAAAUAUAUAAAUACAUUGAAUAAAAUAUAAUAUUAAGAGAUAAUAACAAAUAAUAUUGAAUAAUAAUAAUAAUAUUAGUAAUAAUAAUAUUAAUAUAAUAAUAAUAAUAAUAAUAUUAAUAAUAAUAAUAUAAUAUUAAUAAUACUGCUUGGUUUUCAAUGAGAGUGUGUGAUUAAAGAGAGUAAGGCAGAAGAAAUAAAUGUGUAUUCAAAAUGAGAAAAAUGGUAGUAAAAAUGAAAGAAAGAGAGAAAUGGAGGGAGGAGAAGAGGAUAAGAGUUAGAAAAAGGAAGACAGAGAGGGAGAGAGUGGUGAAAGAGAGAGAGCGAGAGAGGGAGAGGAAGAGAGAGAGAGAGAGAGAGAAAGAAUGGGAGUGAGAGAAUGAAUUUAGAUGUAUGAUAUGUAUGCAGAAUGUAUGAAACAUUUUAACAAAAGAUAAAAAUUGAUUGAGACGAACAGGCUUUCUUUCGCCUGAUUCAAGAAUGUGCGAGUGGCGCGCAAAUUUGUGGCUAUAGUUCAUUUGUAAAUCAUUUUUUGUCAAAAGUAUACAUUUUUCUGAAAGCAUAAUAUGUUGAGUAUUCUUUCUGUGUGUAUAAAAUGUAAACACCUACCACGCCCAAAAUGAAAUCAAUGUUUCUAACUUAUUUAUAAUAAAUAAUAUACAUUAAUGAUAAAAAUAAACGCAGUUUGUGACAGUAA